ACCCCCCAAACACGCUCGACCCCUUUCUAUCUAUAAUUUCUCGAUAAGAAAACCAAAACCCUAAAUUACCUCCCCUCCCUCAAAAGGAAAAAAGAAAAAAAGAAAAAGAAAACUCUACUCUUUCUCUGUUUUUCAUUUUAGAUUUUUUAUACAUUUGUUUCUUUCUCUUUUUUCAUGUUUUAGUUUUUGCCUUUUGUUUUGGUCUUUCUGUUUCAGGAAAACAUUCUGAAUCGCUGAUAAUUGCCGGGUUUUGUUUAAUCUCUAAUGGUGGGUUUUGUAUUGUGAAAUUUAGGGUUUUAAAUAGCCGUUUCUAUUGCGAGUGCAACCGAUAAUUUUUUUGGGAUUUUGAGGGUGAUUCUAGUUGGAAAGCAUGUCUUCACAAUACCCAGUUCUUGGAAAUAAACUGGACUUAGUCCAGUGGAAGGUUACUGAGUUAAAAGAAGAGCUUAGAAGGCGGAAAUUAAAAACCAGUGGUUUGAAGGAUGAUUUGAUUAAACGGUUGGAAGAAGCUAUUCGUAUUGAGAGGGAAGACAAAGAAAUUCGCCAUGAGUUGGCAAAUGCUGCAGAGGUUGCGGAGGAUGUGGAUAAUGGUGUUGAUUUGGAGAACCCGCAUGUAGUUGGGGUGAAAAAUUCAGAGGCAGUAUCAGCUGUUACUGAGACGGUUGAAGUUGUUGUGGAUGAUGCUGCUAACAGAAAUGAGAAGGUGGAUGAUGUUAUGGUUCAGGUUGGCAUUGAUGAGACUGUGAAAGACAUGGGUCCAAGAGAACUUCAAGAGGAGGUCAAAAUGGGUGGUGUUAAUUCUUCUAGGAUAGAAGAAGAGGAGCUCACUGUUCAUGCAACUACCAUGGAGACCAGCAUUUCUGUUACUGAGAGUGUGGUAUCUGAAGUAGCAUUGAGUGUGCAAGAUUUGCAAAAUUCUGGAACACAGGAGGCAAAUGAGAACUCAAGUAUCCAGCUGGAGAAUGAAGAUUCAAAGCCCCAGCUGGAGAAUGAGAGUUCAAAGCCUCCAGACGAGAAUGUCGUGCUUGAGUCUUCUGCUCCGGACAACCAGGUAUCUGAGGUCAACCCUAAUUUAGGGUUUCAAGUAAAAUCUGAUUCUAUUUCUACUGAUUCUGUAUCAAUUAAUGAAAAGAUUGAACUAAAGGAUAAUAUAAUUGCUGAUGAUGUCAAAUUAGAACUAGAUGAUGUUAAGCUAGAGAUGGUGGAACCAUCAUCCAGUAAUGUUGUCCCAGUUGGUGGUGAAUCACAUCCAAUGGAUGUUGAAGAGCCACAAGAAAAGAGUCCCUCUGUUGAAAAGAAAGAUGACAGCAAUGGUACAAAUGCAGAUAUGAGCAAGAAAAAUUACAGUGUUGAUGUGGGGUACUCGGAGAAGUUGAAUUUAGACAGGAGUUCUGGUGAUGACUCCAUGGAGGAAGAUGUUCUAGAGAGUAAGCAAAUUGAUUCAAAGUAUAAUACUGAUGAAGUGGGCGAUGAGUGUAAAAUAAAAAAUGAACUGCCCAGUCUGAAGGAGGAAAAUCUAGUUAAUGUUACUGGGAAGGAUUUAUCUACUGAUCAAAAGGAGAUCCAUGUUGAGAAUAUGACUUGUCCAGUUGCUCCCAUGGAAAAAAGAAAGCUUAAUGAUCAAGAAGCUGUUGGAAACACAGAACCUUUAAAGCGGCAGCGAAGAUGGAAUUCUGAGAGCAUCAAGGUUCCUGAACAGCAAAGCUCUAAUCUUACACCCACCACCACACCAAAUGACGGGUUUCAACCAACUCCUUUGCGACGCAACUUUUCUCGAUCUGACUCCUCUGUUAGUGAGGAGGCACCCAAGGAGCGCAUCGUUCCACCAUCACAAAAACCUCCUACCAAUUCUCUCAGAAUCGAUCGUUUUCUGCGUCCUUUUACUCUGAAAGCUGUCCAAGAACUCCUGGGAAAAACCGGGAGUGUCACCAGUUUUUGGAUGGAUCAUAUCAAAACCCAUUGCUAUGUUAUGUAUUCGUCUGUGGAAGAAGCUGUGGAGACACGAAAUACUGUUUAUAACCUCCAAUGGCCACCAAAUGGUGGACGUCUUUUAGUGGCCGAGUUUGUUGAUCCUCAGGAAGUUAAAAUCCGGGUGGAUGCUCCUCCUCAGUCUCCAGCUGCACCUGUCACUCCUAGUAUGCCUGCACCUGCACCUGCCCCACCCAUGUUGCAGCCACAGCCCUCUCCCCGUCAACAGGUUUCUAGGCAGCAGCUUCCACCUCCACCUUCCCUUCCACUUCAACCGCCGCUGUCUAACCCACCCCAUGCCAGGGAACGGGUCGAUCUUCCUCCACCCCCUCCACUUCCUGAGAAACAUGAUCCUCCAAUUGUCACCCUGGAUGACCUCUUUCGGAAAACCAAAACAGCUCCUCGGAUCUACUAUUUACCGUUAUCAGAAGAGCAAGUCGCAGCAAAACUUGCAGGACAUGGCAAAAACACCAAGCAGUCUGCAGGUGUUGCUUGUAGGAAGGAAUUGUUCCAGCCAAGCAGAGGAAUGUGGUUCGUUGCUGGAUUUGGUUUUUCUGAAGACUGCAUGAUGUUGAAGAAGCUUAAGUUUUUUUUAGCAUUAGAAACUUGUCAACUAAGAGCUCUCUAUAUGAGUGGAUCGCCCGACAUGUGGACAUAUCUUGUUUUCCUGUUGAACAAGAAUUUUAACUUUCCCAAUCUUAAACAGUUGGUUCUAAAUUCCUUGCAUUGAUGUUUUC